GCUCGGCAGGUUUCCCGAAAAGGGAAACAACAGCCUAUAUUUUGCGACGAUAUAUAAUAACCAACAAACAGUAUUGAUGAUAAAAUUCAGCCAUCCCAGGUCCUUGGGAAGGACUCGAUGUCUGGAUAAAACAAACCAGUCAAUAACACCUGUCUGACUGUGUAAACAAGAAAUAAUAAUAGAUAGAUAGAUAGAUAGAUAGAUAGAUAGAUAGAUAGAUAGAUAGAUAGAUAGAUAGAUAGAUAGAUAGAUAGGCAAAAAGGAAAGAGGGAAGAUGUACAGAGAAAAAGAUGUGCAGAGAAAAGGAAGGAAGGAAGGAAGGGGAAAAUGUAGCAUUCACAGUAUCUUAAAAGUCCUUCAAAGUAGUUGAAGGGCUACCUAGAAAGUCUAUGACUGAGGUAAAACUUGAACCGGGGCCCUUUAACUGAGGUAAAAUGUAAGCCAGCAGCUUUUGCUGAGGUAAACUUUGAACCAGGGUAACAGAAAACGCCACUACGCUCGGGCAGGCUUCCCGAAAAGCAUGGAAGAAGCGUCUGCUUCCAGUUUAUGUGGCAGCAUUUGUGUGGAGGGACAGAGUGCCGUCCAGUGUGAUGUUUAGAUGCGCAAGAAGGCAAACUGCUUGUUUACAAAGCCGCACACCCCAGAAACCGUCACGCGUUCAGCCGAACGGAGCUGACGAGAGGUCACCCAGGGAAUGAACGCCACCACGCACAGCCGGACUGUCAUCUCUCCCCAAAGCGACUUUCUCCUCAGGGAGAGGCGCUUCUGCGCUCAAGUUGCCGGAAUGGCCUUGGGCGUGCGGCUGAGGGGGUGGUCUGGAGAAACGGAGAGGACAAAUGAGCCCUGAUCCCUCAGCUGCGUCUGCUGCAGCCUUCAUCAGGCGUCAGGCCUCUGCUUGUCCAGGCCGGGCCUAACAUGUCCUCUCCUCCUGCGCUGCAUGUCCAAUUCUCCCCCCCUCCCACAGCAUUUGAACUCUGCUGACACGGAUCAAGCGUGAACGCCGCCACGGAGCAGUUUGGUUAAAGAGCUUUCAAGAGGGGUCCGUGACCUGGUGUGAGAAACAUGGCAGUUCAUAUAUCGAGAGAGGAAAAGCACACAUGAAGGGCAGGCCGGGGGGGCAGAGCGGGGAAACAGACACAGGGGGUUCUCGGUUCGGGCCGACGAGUCGGGAGAGAAACGCCCAAACGGGCCGACACAGGUCAAGAGGGCCACGGAGAAAUGUGCGUUUCGUUGCGGGAACGGCCCGCUUGGGACAACAGCUGGUCUGACCCCCAUAACUCAUGAACUGUUAUUUCCCUCACACAGAGUCUGUGACUACUAGGGUUGCUAGCCAUCCCGGAUGGGCAAGGGGUCUGCAGGGAUUGGCCUCUGGAAAACAGGGCUGGAGAUUUGAAGGGCUCGAUGUGGUGUAAAAUAUGAUGCCAAAAAAACCCCUGAGGGGGAAUUCAGUCAGGAGGAUUCGUGAAAGGAUGAGGAAAAGAAGGCCAAUGGUUUGUUGACAGAAAUUGGCAGGGAAGUGGUUUGUGGACAGAAAGUCAAUAUUUUGGCGGCUGUUUUUAAACUCAAGCAAACGUUUCCCUCAUUGUUGUCAUACCAAGGAUACCUCUUUUUUUUGUUUAUCAAUUAUGGCUUUUCAUUUAUUUUGCCACUGGGACAAGGUUAGAAGCAGUUCUCUGGCUCCUGGAAGGCCACAUUCAGCAAAAGGAACAGCCCUUGAAGGUGAAAUGUGGAAAGAGCCAUCUGUUCUACAAGCACUUCUGAUUAUUAUUUCUUCCUCAUCAGCAGGGUCAGGGCCUUGCGCCAUCCACCAUGGUAUUGUCAGCACUGACUGGCAGCAGCUCCCCAAGGUUUCCGGCAGGGUUAGGGUUAGUCUCCCGGAACUACCUGCUAGGGGUUUUAGUAUUGUUGUUGGUGGUGUGGUGUUGUUGUUGUUGAUAUACCACUUUUCAACAAAAUCAGAAAAAGAAAACAAGACAGAAGACCCUGUCCCCAAAGGGCCCACCACCUAAAACUGGAUUCAACCUGAGACCAUCUGCCUGCAAAGCAAUUACUCUACCAUUGAGUCACAACCUAUCGUCAUAAUCUAGUUAUUUUGCACCGAGUAUCCAACGGUCAGAAUAUAUUCCGUACUACAAGCUUGCCUCCAUUUCAUACCAGCUUCAAUUGUCGUGGCUUUCCCAAAGGAUCGCAGGACUUGUCGUUUGAUAACGCUUCUAGGAACUCUGUUAGAAAUCUCAGGUCCCCUCAAAGAACCCAAAUGAGGGGCUCGACUAGAUGACCUCUAAGAUCCUUCCCAGCUCUAAAGUUCUACUAUUCUGCUCUUCUAACUGCAGUUCCCAGAAUUUCUCACAGAGACCAAAUGACACCAGUUUAAGCCGGCAUGGCAGAGAUGUCUUCUGUCGCAUAAAGGCAACAGAACCCAGUGCCGGCGUUUCUUCCCUGGCUUCAAGAGCGGCAAGCCGUGCAGACUGUGCGCUUUAAGGCGCAAAUGCGCAUUUAUGGUGCCAUAAAAACGAGGACGACACAGGAAAAGCCCUCCGAGGCCUCAGAUCCUCCAGGCCGGGCCGUCUCCCUUCCUGGUUUACAGCGCCCAGCCAGUCGGAUUGCCGAGAAGGGAUGUUGGGAGCAGCCCCAGUAAUUAGCUAAUGAAGGCAAGACGGUGUGGAGCAACUUUGAAGCACCAGAGCAUGAUAAAGGUCAGGAUGUGGACGGUAGAUUGGCGUCACUCCCAGUCCUCCGGGCUCAACUGUCCAGCCUUUCCUUUCCUCACGUGGCCUGGCGUUAAUUCAUUCCGCAGAACUUGUCUGGCAUCUCCCCGUAAUCCUGCUCGCAAGGGAAACGUAAUCCAUUUGGCACAUGGGAGGAUGGUUGUGCAGACCAGAGAUCACUGACAUUCACUCAGGAAUGUCAGUAUCUACAACUGCCCUUCGCUCUGCCUCCGUCUUAAUCUUUGCCGGCUGCUCCACUCCAGGCUCACAGGCCAGCCGUCAGAUGGUAUAAAGUGCUUUCAGAUGCCAGGACGUGCAAUGAAAAACCUGGCAGGGAGAUUUGCCUGUGAGGCGCACAUAUUUUUAUUUUAAAAAAACCAAAAAAAACCCCAUGCAAAUCUGAUUAUCCUUUACUGCCACAGACACCUACCUAGGCUACGCGUGGGAAAGUUAAAGGAGAGAGAGAGCGAAGAAGAAUCAAGAGCAAGCAUGGGGGAAAGGAAAGAAAGGAUUCUCAAAAUUUGGUUUGGACAACCACCUAAUCUACAGAUGGGGAACACAAGAUGGUUGCACAUGCAUACCGUAAUCCUACAGAAGCACGAACAGGUUACAGGACUGGGCACGGAGUGAGUGCCAUUUCCUCAGAAUCUCAGCUUUCAGGGAACUUUUGCACGAGACCACAACUUUGAACAUCCUGCGACCUCACACAGCUACGCAGCCAUCUCGCACUAGUGCUAUUUCGUUGGUUUCGCAAGCACCUGCGGAGUCUGGAUGUCCCCACCAUAGAAUUUUAUAACAUCCCGUCAUGGAGGCUGAGGAACACUCAAAGGCAAGGGAGAUCCCAAAGUUUCUCAUGAUGAAUGCAUUUCAUUUCACUGAGUGCUGAUGGAGAAUUUUGAGUACAGCAUCCAGCUGAACGACCGGGACUGGGCCGAAUUCUGCUUGGCCUCUGAAGAAUGCAGCCUGAUCCAGCCCAUCUUGGCCACAGCUGACGAACAGCUCCUCAGCAACCUUGAGGAAGGGGAGGCUGAAGACAGAAAGUCGGUCCGAGUGAGGGUGGGCCCCGCUUUAGCCCACAGAGCCCCUGGCAGACACCUGGUUGCAGGAGAGGUUUUGUCCGGCAGCGAGGACGAAACGGAGAUGGGCUCUGUCAGCAGGUUCCUCUGCAGCCACAGCCAACUGGGCACGGCUUUUCCGCCGUCUUCUGGGACCCAGGAAGGUCAGAUGUCUCAUGUUGCUUUAAAGCCACCUGGAAGCCAGUCAAGAUCUGCCAGAGGACAUGAAGCUCUCUUUGCUGGGAAGGAGAAAGAAUCGGAGAUUGGAGGUCGUCGCAUGAAUCCUGACAGUUCCACAUCCGUGGUCUCCACUGCUGUCCAGGAGGACAACGUCCCAGGGCAGGAGAUAUCAGAAAAACUUACUUGUGCUGGGCAGACGAACGUGGAUACUUCAGAGGGGAUGGAGAGUCCAGCAGAAGAAAACAGAAGUGGCCCCCUCUGCUUGGAGCUACAGCAGCCUCAAGAUAAAGUCGUCUCCCGGGCAACCUCUGUCGACUUCCAGUUUCCAACAUCCGUGGAUUGCCUUGCAGCUCAUGAGAAUCCAGAAGCCCUGGAGUCUGAAGAUCUAGCUGCAUGUUUUCCAUCUCCAGAGCCUGAAGGAGCUGAGCACCCAAAGAAGAGCACCAGGCCCCUUCAGGUCAAUGUGAUGGCACGGGUGACGCCAUUCCAGGAACAGCCUUCUAUAUUUCAAGGGCAUCCAGUUCCGGUUGUGAGAGUCUUGACUCCAGUUGUCCCACUGUCAGGGAGUUAUGGGGAAGGCACCUUGGAAAAAGAGAGCCAUGGGGAACAUGAUGUUGCACAUCUCGAAGAAGAGGGGAGGGCAGACCCUAAUGAAGACUUAAGCCAUGACAUCCUGAAAGCCGAGGGUCAACGUGCCCAAGUAAUGAGUUCUGCCAUCGGCGGUGGAGUAAAUUUGCAACAGUUCCCAGGAGGACUGGAGAAAUGUCCACGCCCAACAUUAGCCGUUGAUUCCAGAUGUGACAGGGUGCUGGAUAAACACAGAGGAACUGCUCCAUUUCUGGGAGGAGCGGAGAAGGGUGAUGUUGGAGAACCUUGCCACCAUCUUGGAAUGGCUGCAGCACCAUCAGAAGAGGAAUCUCACGGCCCGCCUCCUGGAAACCAGGGACCGGACUUCUUAGCAGAGUCUGUUCCUUGUUGUCUGGCACAGGAGGACUCCCCAGAAAGCAACUUAACCGCCCUGACCUCGCCAGAGAUGUAUGACUAUUUUUCCUAUGGUGACACCCAGCAGCAGGGAGGAAAGAUGAGGGAAGGGAUGGUGGAGGAAAGGCAAGGUCCAAACACUGACCCCGGAGUUCCUGAAAUGUAUGGGCCAGAAAUGUAUGAAUAUUUCUUUAAUGAAAUGGGUGAGGACUGGGCGAGAAAGGACAGCAUGGAUAAAGGCAUAGAGCUGGAGGUGGUCAGCACUGCUGAACAGCGAUCGAUUCCACCUGGUGGCUCGGAACACCCCGAUUCCGACACGGUAGACAGUGCAAUGGCCAUCUCUGUCCCGGAGGUGUACGAACACUUUUUCACCAACGGAGUCAAGGGCAAGAGGAACUGGAGGCGGAUUUUGCUGAGCGUGCCAGCCUCCGAGGCGAGGAAGGUUGCGAGAGCUUUAAAAUCCCUGGUCUGCAAACCAGCACGCCUCCUCCAGUCGCGUCCAACGAGCCAGGGGGCUCUGCUUCGGAGGGGAUCCCAAGGGAGGCUAGUGAGCCUGUCUCCAGUACUGUUGAGAGAAAGCCAACCAAGACCGGGAGACCCAGGAAUAGCUGUGAUGGUACCACCAGAGAGGCCCCUCCAGCUGGUUCUCACACACAGGGACAUGUGCCUGGGGUUCGUGGCGUUGGCUUCAUGGGCUGUCAAGACCUCCGAUCUGCAGGCUCCGGAUGCUUGGAAGAUCGUGCUCCUGGCAAACGUUGGCACCCUCUCCGCCAUCCGCUAUUCCCGAAGACAGGCCGUUGAAGACAGAAAACAGGGAACCUAAGGCAGAAUGAGGGAACCCCACCCGGUUUCUGGUGGGCCAUGCAGGACGGUUUGGAAAGCACGCCACGCUUUCCUCGGAGGCAGGGAACCAACUUGUGGGCACCCCCAGAUUCCAGGACUUACUGGGGUCCCCCUGCUGUGAAAGGAGGCAGAUCCGCCAGAAAGAAGACUUCUCCGGAAACAAGUGUGGUGGGUGCUACUCAACCAGGGUAGCAUUUUUGAAUGUGUAACUAGCUAGGCUGUGACCUAUAGAUGCAACAGCCAACAGGUCACUCUGGAAGUCCGUAUGAAGUAUGAAGUAGAAAAGAUUCCGGUGGUGAGCUGUAGGGACAGUUUAAAAACAGAAACAAAAACCAAGAACCACCACCCCAAACUCUAGAAAGCAAAUCAUUAGGAGGACAUUCUGACUGUACUGGGGUGGAUUUCAUGGAGGGAAGAGACAAUUCAGAGGGGAGAUGUAUGCAUAUACCGACCGUUUCUAAAUAUUUAGGUGGAUGUUUAAGAUGAUGUCUGAAGGGAAGGUGGGCCACUGUUUCUGCUGAGGACAGACGCAACGGCUUUUAAAAGAAAGGAAAGCACACUUUUACUCAGCAAGAAAGGAAAUGUCAUAGGAAGAAUAUAAUAUUAAAGGCCUGCAGGACCUAGGAAGCAUUUAGCAAUUCCCCACACAAGACAGAUUUAUUGCUCCUCUAGAGAAGCAGCUGCCAACAUUUGAAUUUGAUAAAUAAAUAACUUCAACAUGGGGAUGUGUGUCUUUUUAACAGCAGUGUAGGCAGAGACGUUUGGGCUGAGUAUCAGGACGCAUAGCCUUGUUUUGCCACAAAGGAAAAUAGGAUUGAACAGUUCUGUGGGUUCCUUAGGAACAUGACAGCAGUGUGUGGUUCUCUCUUACAUGUAUUUUGUUGAAGAGCUAACUUCUCUAACUGGAGUUACUAAGAGCAUUUGUGUUAAUAAACGACCUUGCUUGCUGUGUCGGCAAGAAGCCGCUACUGUAAUGCAGCUACCUGACGAAGAAGAGUUCUGCAUAACCCUAAGGUUUGCAAAUUCCUGUAUCGAUGGAAGUUGAGCUAAUAAAGGAUACCACAUCA